UUGAACAUCUCGAGCGUCACCAUGGCCUCUAUUGGGGACUUCGACCCGCUCCAUUCUACGGUACCGGCAACUAAGAUUGAAGUUACUGUCUCGUGCAGGAAUCUACUGGACAUGGACACUUUUUCUAAAUCAGAUCCAGUUGUCGUGUUGUACAUACAAGGCAUAGGAACAAAGGAAUGGAGAGAGUAUGGCAGGACAGAGGUGAUUGACAACACGCUGAAUCCAGACUUUGUGCGGAAAUUUGUUUUGGAUUUCUUCUUCGAGGAAAAGCAGAAUCUUCGAUUUGAUGUGUACAAUGUGGACACAAGAAGUUCAAACAUCUCAAAGCAUGAUUUCCUGGGCCAGACAUUUUGCACACUUGGAGAGAUUAUUGGCUCCACAGGCAGCCGCAUGGAAAGAACACUAUCCGGGAUUCCAGGGAAGAAGUGCGGCACCAUCAUCUUAAAUGCUGAGGAACUCAGCAACUGCAGGGAUAUUGCUACUAUGCAGCUGUGCGCCAAUAAACUGGACAAGAAAGACUUCUUUGGCAAAUCAGAUCCAUUUUUGGUGUUUUACCGCAGCAACGAGGACGGAACGUUUACUAUCUGUCAUAAGACAGAGGUGAUCAAGAACACUCUGAACCCGGUGUGGCAGCCCUUCACCAUCCCCGUGCGUGCGCUGUGUAAUGGUGACUAUGACAGAACUGUUAAGGUAGAUGUGUAUGACUGGGAUCGAGAUGGAAGUCAUGACUUUAUUGGUGAGUUCACCACUAGCUACAGAGAGCUAUCCCGAGGUCAAAGCCAGUUUAAUGUGUAUGAGGUUUUAAAUCCUAAAAAGAAAGGAAAGAAGAAAAAAUAUGUCAAUUCUGGCACGGUGACAUUGCUUUCCUUUAAAGUCGAAUCUGAAUACACAUUUGUAGACUUCAUCAGAGGAGGGACACAACUCAACUUCACUGUGGCCAUAGAUUUCACAGCAUCAAAUGGUAACCCGGCUCAGCCAACUUCCCUGCAUUACAUGAGUCCCUAUCAGAUGAACGCCUACGCUAUGGCACUGAAGGCAGUAGGAGAGAUUAUUCAGGACUAUGACAGUGACAAGCUCUUCCCAGCCUAUGGAUUUGGAGCCAAGCUGCCUCCGGAUGGCAAAAUCUCCCAUGCCUUUCCUCUGAAUGGUAACAGUGAGAACCCAAACUGUGUAGGGAUAGAGGAGGUGCUGGAGUCUUAUUUCCAAAGUCUCCGAAAAGUCCAGCUUUAUGGACCAACCAACUUUGCCCCGGUCAUUAACCAGGUAGCAAGGGCAGCGCAGGAUGUGACUGAUGGCUCCCAGUAUUUUGUGCUGUUGAUGAUCACAGACGGAGUCAUUUCAGACAUGGUGCAGACCAAAGAAGCUGUUGUCAAUGCUUCUUCUCUACCCAUGUCCAUCAUCAUUGUGGGUGUGGGUCCGGCUGAAUUUGAUGCUAUGGAGGAGUUGGAUGGUGAUGAGGUCAGAGUGUCAUCUAGAGGACGCUUCGCGGAAAGAGACAUCGUUCAGUUUGUUCCGUUUCGUGACUACAUCGACCGCUCUGGAAACCAGAUCCUGAGUAUGGCUCGGCUGGCUAAAGAUGUUCUUGCUGAGAUCCCUGACCAGCUGUUGUCCUUCAUGAAGAGCAAAGAGAUCAAACCUCGUCCUGCCCCCCCUGCCUCCAGCAUGCCCAACAAACCCUCUGUCAACAUGCGCAUCUGAACAUCUGCGCAUUUUCCCGUCUGACAAAUGUUAGCACCGGUAAAUGCUUGGCAAUGAACACGGCUUUGUGCACCCAUUAAGUUCCAUUAUCUACAGAGAUGUAUAUUCUUUUUAACUUAAAUAUGAGACUUUUAUGUUUCUACUAUAUUCUACAGAGAGACAAUGAGUGUAAUAAAACUAGAAAGAAAAAAUAGAGCAAGGAGAUGACAAAGUCAGGAGAGAGAGUAAGCAUGAGAGAGAAUGACUGACGCAGUCUGGAGUGAAAGGGCAUGAACUCAUGUUCUGUCCCAAACAAAGAUGACCCCAAAUAUGCCAAGGAUGGCAAAAGGCACCCAGUAGUUAACCAUUCUUUAUGAACCCAGAGAGACCAAGAGAAGAGCAUGAACUAUUGUACCAUGUCACCAGAGAUGUUUGUAAUUCUUAAUAACUGGAUAGUCUGUGUGUGUACAUUUGUGUAUUAUGAACGAAUGAUAAAUUAAAGACGCGAUGUCUUUAGGUGUCCUAAGAAAAUUCUUAAUGUAUUUUAGGGUAUUUAGGGGAUAGUAUUUGCAAAAUGUUAUAGUUGCACCCUAUACCACACUUUGAGAACCUUAACAAAGCCCUUCUUAUUUCUUAAAUAUAGAACUGUUUUGAUGAUUAAUCAUUGGAUCUUGAAUUUGUCUCAGGGUGUUGGAUAAUUGACAGGGAGUUUUAAGGAAAAAAAAGAGAGAGAGAGAGAACAUGCAGACUACACACCCGCUGUCACUGACUAAUGCGCCACCACCCUAAACCUGAUUCAUAUAUUUCAUUCUUCUUAGCUUCAUCAACCCAGAUUUAUCUCCCAGACUUCACAGCUGCAAACCUCCACACUCUGAUUGUCCAUGUCCAACUUUAGUGUUUGGUUUUCGGCAGACUCCUACAGCCAUCAAGUGACUGUAUUUCGUUUUUACCAAGAUGUCAGUGUUUCUAUUCACUUUAUCUCUCUAUUGUUACACUCCCUGCUUAUAAUCUUCAGCACCUCACUUCAUAUGAAUGAAUUCUUUUUUUCUUUUUUGGUUGACCUUCCUUUCAGCCAUAACCUGGGAGAUUUUACCAGAUGAAUAAUGUAUUUUGGCAUUAGCUCUGAAGGAUCAAAUCCCCCUGGUCUUUAAGAGCUUGGAGUGUCUCUGUUGGCUGUUUAGAGUAAAAAACAUUCCAUGUUACACAACAGAAUACACAAGGGCCAAAUACACAAGCCUUAGUCUAGACUGCAAGGGCACCUUCAAACAUUAUUUCUUUUCCAUAUUGAAAGAAAUCAGAGAGUGAAUAAAGGUGAGGGAAAAGAGAAUGUGAUCACAACUACCACUUGAAAAUGUAGCACAGGGCUAUUAUGCUAAUUCCGAGGGAUACAGAAUACGCCGCUUCUCCUUUGCAAAUGAAUGCAAAAUUAUUCUACUCUUUCUCUAGCUCCAUGUCACUGACUCCUGCUCUAGAUGCAUGUAAUAGUUCAUGCCCUAAAUCUGUUGGCUGUUCUGUCUCUGGCUGCUGAUGCUGCUUUGCCUCUUACUGCAUUACAGAGUGUCUGAUCAUAGGCCAAAUUUGAUGCUAAUUGAUUGUGGCUGCCUAGAUAGACAGCAUUCUUGGGCAGUAUUUGAAUACUCCAACAGUUUUGGAAGUCCUGGUUGGAGAGAAGCACAGGAAUGCUAAUGAGUCUUCUGAACAUCUGGCCAAAUAGAAAGAUCCUGUAUAGCACCAACAGUCCUAUAAUUAUGUGAGCUUUAUAAAAGUCUUACCAGAACUGGAAUUUGAAGAUUUGAAAAAGCCCAGGAGAUUUUUCCAAUCUUCAGCUGUCCAGUUUCAUUGAAUCUGUGCACAUGUAGCCUCAGAUUCCUGUUCUUGGCUGACAAGAUUGGUGCCAUGAUAUGAUCUUCUCUUGUUGCAGCCUAUCUGUCUUUUUGCAUUUUGAAAUAAUUUUCUGCUUACCAUGUUUGUAAAGAGUGUUUUUUUGAAUUACUGUAGUCUUCCUGUCAGCUUAUGCAGGUUUGGCCACCCUCCUCUGAGCUCUGCCAAGAUGUUUCUGUCCACAAAACUGUCUGCUUACUGGAUGUUUUUGUUUUCUGCACCAUCCUGAUCUUAACUGAUUAACUAGCAAGUUAGUAAGACUGCAUGACCUGCAGAGAUCCUGAUUAGUUAAAAGAUAGCUCCACCAGACCGUCCCAGGUGAAUGUAGAGUGCUUUUAUAAACCAAGCUUCAGCCAUUUCUGUGAUAAGACAUUUCAUAUCAGCAGAUUCAGUGUCUCCAAGGGUGUCUUUAUUUUCAAGUUUCUUUUUGGGAAAUUAAUACAAAUGAUCUAGAAAUGAUGCUGUAGUUUAUUAGCUCCCCAGAAAAGCAGAAUUAAUUUUUAGAUAAUAUUCUUUCUUUUUUUUUAAGUUUAAAAUUAAUUAACCAUAUUUAUUUGAUGAACUCAGAUAAAUUAUACAUAAAUUGUCUUCUAUGUUAUAGAACAUUUUAUUAUUUGACCUGUAAACAGAGAAUUAAUUACAGAAUGAAUUGAGUGUGUUUCUGUGUCUGAGUAGGGGGUAACAUCUGACUUUGUAACUAGUUGUAAUAUGUUGCAGUUUAUGAUAUUGCAUGGUAUCAAAGGGGACCAUUAAUGCUAGUUUUUGUUGUUGUUACAGAUGUUUAUAUAUAUAUAAUCACUGAUCAGCCAUAACAUUAAAAACACCUAUUUAAUAUUGGGCAGGUUCCCAUUGCGGGGCUAAAACAGCUCUGACCAGUUGAGGCAUGGACUCCACAAGACCUCUGAAUCUUGGCACCAUGGAACUGAUUCAUUUGUCCAGCAGAUCCCACAGAUGCUUGAUAGGACUGAAAUCUGGGGAAUUUGGUGUCCGAGCUCAUUGUCAGGUUCUUCAACAAACUAUUCCUGAACACAAUGGUGGGGUGCAUGAUCCCACUGAAAGAGGCCACUGCUAUUAGGAAAUACUGUUGCUAUAUAGGGGUGUACUUGGUCUGCAACAAUUUUAGGUAUGUGCCAAAGUAACAUCUACAUGACUGCUUUCUUUCUAUAGUGCAUCCUGGUGCCAUCUCCCCAGCUAAGUGAAGCACAUGUACCUGGCCUUCCAACAUGAUUUAAAAGAAAUGUGGUUCAUCAGGCCAACGUCUUCCAUUGCUUCAUAGUCCAGUUCUGAUGCUCACGUGCCCAUUGUAGACACUUUCAACAAUGGACAGGGAUCAACACUGGCACUCUGAACAGGCUGUGGCUAUGCAGCCCCAUGCACAGCAAGCUGAGAUGCACUGUGUGCAGUGACAGCUCUCGGCACCCGUGACUAAAAGCUCCAGUGUAUACCGGGAACACCCAAAAGACCUGGUGAUUUGGAGAUGCUCUGGUAAAGGCAUCUAGGCAUCACAAUUUGGCAGCUGUGCUCAGAUCCUAACACUUGGCAAUUUUUCACAUCACCUUUGAGAGCUGAUUGUUUACUUGCUGCCCAAUAUAUCCCACGCUUUGACAGGUGCCACUGAAAUGAGAUGAUCAAUUCAGUGUCAUCUCCUUUCAGUGGUUUUAAUGUUAUGGCUGAUCAGAGAAUUAAUAUAUAUAAUAGACACACACACACACACUAGCUAGCACACUGUGUUGGUUUUUUAUGCGAGUUUGUUUCUGUAUAUUUUGUCCUUGAUUUUAAUUGUGUACAAUACAUAUUCUGUGGAAAAUGCAGAAUAUUGUAGAAUAUGGCACAAAAUACAAUGUAGCUUGCAGGAGAUAUAAUAUAUUUCUCUAGAUAUUUACUUACUAAAUGAAUUAAUUGACUUCAUUUGUUAAAGCGUUAGCAUGCAGCUUUAGCGGCAUUGAUCAAAGUGUAGUAAUUUUAAUUUGUAUCCCACAUUUUCUAUUUUUGCAUGACUAUCAGAAUAUUCUCAUGUAUGCAUUACAAUAGUAGUUCAUUGUUCCUUUUGUGCACCUUGUCUGGGAGCAUAAUAAGGCAUGCACAGAACAUAACUCCCAAAUCCAGUGCUAUUCAAGACAGGAGUGCAUAAUGUUUAUUUAUUUAUUUAUUUUUAUUCCUUUUACAGCAUUUACUUUUGUCACUAAACAUAUGUUUGUCUAGCAGUUUUCUUGCUAUGCCACAAUAAAAUAUGCUUACCCUGACAAAAGCAUAUGAACAGUUUUGUUUGUUGGAAUAUUGUGCGCCAGACACUCAUCAUACCAGUUGCAUAAUUCUAGUGGGAAGCCAUAUUUGUCCUGGUUUAAAAUUUAUAUAUAUAUAUCUAAAAUAGCACCUCCAAAUGGAGAAGAACUACCAACUACUAAGGCCUAUGUGAGCAUCAAGAACUUUAGUGAACAUCACACCAGUCACUCCUUCUGUUAAGCACACUUUGCAAAAACAGUUCUCCUUUUGUUGCUGAAGAUCCAUUAACUUAUUAUAAUUAGAUUAUAUUUUACACCUUUCAUAACGCAGAUGCUUUAAUAUCCUAAAGAAUAAGGUAGAUAAUGAAUGUGUGCAGAGGUAGUUUGUAUAAACAAAUGACCUCACUGGAUAUGGAUAAAAUGCACUUGUAAUUGCUUCUAUUUCUCUACAGCU